UCUUCUGCUGCAGAGUGGCGCUCGUGACGUCAUCCUGCUGGAGCGGCUGCUGGGCACGGGCGGAAGAUGGGCACAGAUCUGCGAGGACAAAAGUUUUGGACUGUGAGGAAAAUGAUUAAGUGCCAGAAAUAGGCCUAACAGCAGUCAAGACCUUAUUGAAGAACUAAAUCAAGAACUUGUGACUCAGAAGGAGCAUGUGUGGUGAUCCCCUGUUCCUUGCUCAACCCGUAGCAAACCCAGCGCGUCUGAGAUGAGUGGUCCUCUUUGGUGCCCGGCCGCUGUCCCUGCCUGCUCUUGGCAGCGCUUGGUGGCGUGAGCAGAUUGCUCCAUCCUGGCAUCCACGGGAGCGUGGAAUGGCCUCUUUGGACCUGCCAUACCGUUGUCCUCGUUGUGGGGAAAACAAGCGCUUUCGAAGUCUGUCCUCUCUGCGCGCCCAUCUGGAGUACAACCACACCUAUGAGACCCUGUAUGUGCUGUCCAAGUCCAACAGCGUAUGCGAUGCCGCUGCGCUGCUCCCCCUAGUGGCCGACGGAGCCCUCUCUGCCAAAUCCUGUUUUCCGUACCGCGAACUGCCCUGCUCUGGAGAAGAGCUUGAGCUUGCGCCUUCGUCUACUGCUUGCUACCUGCCCAAUGUGGAGUUUCCUCUGGGCGAGAUCUUGGUGAAGACAGCCAUGAGCUCCGGCGAUGCCUUGUCCUCCACAGGGAACAAUGCGGUGGCAGUGGCCGCUAAUGUGGCUGCUAGUGCGGUGGAGGCAGCUUAUGAAGAGGGUCUGGCUCGGUUGAAAGCUCGAGCAUUUGAGAGGCUCGAGCUAGACGAGAGGCUCGAGAAGUUGUCGGAGGAGGUGGAGCAGAAGAUCGCGGCGCGUGUUGGCCGUCUGCAGACGGAGCUGGAGAGGAAAAGCUUGGAGCUGGAAAAGGCAAAGCUGGAGAGCGAGAGGCUCAGUCAGGAGAAGCAAGACCUGGAGGACAAGGCCACAGAGCUUUCGCGGCAAGUGGACGUGUCUGUGGAAAUGCUGGCCAGCCUUAAGCAGGAUCUGGUUAACAAGGAGCAGGAGCUCUCACACAAACAACAAGAGGUGGGCCAGAUCGACCAGUUUCUGCAGGAAACAGCUGCGCGUGAAGCCAAUGCUAAAGUGCGUCUUCAGCAGUUCAUCGAGGACCUGUUGGACCGGGCUGACCGUGCUGAGAAACAGCUCCAGAUCAUCAGCAGCUGUGCCACCACCCCCAACGGCAGCCUGGGACACUGCAGUCUGCAGGGAUCCAAACCUAAUGGACAACAGAGAAAUUCCAGUAUCUCUGGAGCAUCGAGGGGCAUGUACCAAGUGUCUGAUCAACGUUCCUCCCCCAGCACUGCGGUUAAACCAGCCUGUAAUCUCUCAGCCAUGCAGAAGAUAUGCGGAAAGAGUCCUCUCUUAUUCUCCGUGUUGGCAGGUCGUUCUGAAGGGGGAUACAAGCCUUGUCGCCACGAGAAAAGCCCAUCUAAAGUAAACGAGGUGAUCAGUCCUGAGGUGCUGAAGAUACGUGCUGCUCUCUUCUGUAUCUUUACGUACCUGGAUAUGAAGACACUCCUGCGAGCGGCCGAGGUGUGCCGGGAUUGGAAGUUUGUGGCUCGUCACCCGGCGGUGUGGACCAGAGUGCUGCUGGAGAACGCUCGCAUCUCUUCAAAGUUCUUGUGCACUUUGUCUCAGUGGUGCACACAGAUGCAUUCCCUCAUCCUCCAGAACCUCAAACCCCGGCAGAGGGGCAAAAAAGAGACAAAGGAGGAGUAUCUGAAGAGCACACGUGGCUGUCUUGAGGAGGGUCUGGAGGCUUUGUUGAAAGCUACUGGCAGUAAUCUGCUCAUUCUGAAGGUGUCUCAUUGUCCGAAUCUAUUGACCGAUCGCUCUUUGUGGUUGGCCAGCUGUUAUUGCAGGGCACUACAGGCUGUCACAUACAGGAGCGCAACAGACCCUGUUGGACAGGAAGUUAUCUGGGCACUGGGAGCUGGUUGCAGAGAUAUCAUCUCACUACAGGUGGCACCUUUACAUCCAUGUCAGCAGCCAGCACGCUUCAGUAACAGGUGCCUGCAGACCAUUGGCAGAUGCUGGCCACACCUGCGAGCUCUGGGUGUGGGCGGAGCUGGCUGUGGCAUACAGGGAUUGGCUUCUUUGGCAAGGAACUGCAUGAGGCUGCAGGUGCUAGAGUUGGACCACGUCAGUGAGAUCAAUCAGGAAGUGGCUGCUGAGAUGUGCCGAGAGGGACUGAAGGGUCUGGAGAUGCUGGUGCUCACAUCCACUCCUGUUACUCCUAAAGCCCUGCUUCACUUUAAUAGUGCGUGUCGUAACCUGAAGUCUAUAGUAGUCCAGAUCGGUAUAGAAGAUUACUUUGAAGACCCUAACAGUCCCGAGGCCAGAAAACUCUUUGACGAAAUGGUGAACAAGCUGCAGGCACUCAAAAAAAGACCUGGUUUCUCCAAAAUCCUCCAUGUGAAGGCUGAUGGCUUGUGCUAACUCUGCUGUGUUGAGGCCAGAGCCACAUACAGGUUCACCGAAUAUUUCAACCUGAUCGAGUCAUUCUUUCCUCAAAUAAACGAGGAAGAAUCAAACACUUCCGCUUCAGUUUGAACUCUAAACAACAGUCUACCACACCAAGACGGCAGCACCUGUUAGCUUUGACAUGACGCAACCAAAUAGAGGAGUCUGUAAAGAUAAUACGUAACAAACUCUACGAGAAGGCAUAAUUACUUGCCAUGGCUGCCGUUCCAACAGUCAUCCAAUUACAGACUAAGGAUUUUUCUCCUACUUGCCAAACGCGCUAAACUUUUAAUAAGAUCUUAGAGAACAUGACGUCUCUCUUCAGAGCACAGAGCUGCAGGAGGGAGCUGUCUCAUAUUCGAGAUUGAUCAAUGUGAAAUCCUAACAGCACAAAUUUAAAAUCCACAUGGGUAAGUUAGUAAUGUGGGAGUGUGUGUUUGUGUGAUCAGCUCGAUUGCUUCCCCGAUGUUCAGCAAAGAGACGCAUUCGUUCAUUAGUCGUCACUUAAGAGCGUUACUCUUCGAACUGGAUGUGUCAGCCAGCCAUAUUACUAGGACAAAUAUCAACAUAACAAAAUCACCAGCGUCAGACAUGGCUUACAGAGACCUAUACUUAGGGGAAGCCAUGUCUCCACAGAAAUUACUAUUACUUGCAGCUAUCUUGUGUCCUUAAGCGCAAGUUCAAACCGAAAGAAGACGCCAAUAAACGUAAGCUGUUCGUGUUCGUGUCAGACCCUCCAGUCCUUUAGCCGUAUUCCCAUGACCAGGGUCACUCUGGCAAGGGAUUGUUUCUCAUCAUUGGAUCUGUUGUUCCAGACAGAUUUGCAACGCCUUCUCCAUAAUGUGCCAUCCAUUGCUCCAACAUUUUGUUUUCAAGGUUGAAUUUGGGUCAUACCCAAUGUGCCAUUAGUCUUAAAGGUAUUAAGUCAUACCCUACAAGGUGUGCACUUAUCUAAAGGGAAUUUAAGGGUGAUUAGUGAGGGAUAGAGACAAGCUCAUGGUGCUGUCAAUCCAAUGUACACCUACACUUUCACUUCAGAUGUCAACAUCUCCAUCUCUUCCAUCAGUUACUGUUCAAACUUCUAUAGAACUCGGGCUGGUGCCGCUCACUAGAUCAGUUCUCCAUCUGCUCUGUUGAUUUCAGAUGGUGUUUUCCAUGUUCUAAAGGUAGACGCCACUGAGUGCACAAUCGAAUAGAAGGGAUAAAAACAAAUAUAUAGAGUUGUUAUAUUAGGUUCUUAACAGAAUCUACAAGAACUUCACUUCUGAAAUGUGUGGGUUAGGUUUUGGCUUUGGUUCCUUGGAUAGAACUUUACUUGCUGGAACUGGGAAAUAAGUUAACAAUAGCCAUAUUAGGCCAUGUUAGACUACAAAAUGAUAAAUGAUUCCGCACAGCUGAGAUUGAAUUCAAUAUAGCCUCAUUUUGUCAAGGCCAGCAUUGUGAAAAUAACUUUUUCUUUAGUUUUCAAAUGGAAAAAGGUUAUUUAUGGUAUAUUUUUUUGUGCAUUUUUGAGUAGAUAGUAUAACAUGUCAGGUUUUGCUUUCAGUUGGAAUAUUACUCCAUUGUUAGGAUUAAGUUUACACUAAAAAAAUUGAAUGUUAAAGCACUUAAAUGUGUUUCAGCUGGAAGUCGGUCAUACAAAGCAACUAGAAUAUGCCAUUCUCAUCAAGUUUCUUUAAAAUAAUAAUAAUAAUAAUAAAAUAAAAACAUGCUAAUGCAAUAAUACUGAUGCAAGUACUGGUCUCGACCGCUCUCGGUGCUGUACCACUUACCCAUCAGGCAUUGCUGCUCCCCUUGGCCAGUCUCUGAGCUGAAAUCACACAGUCCAAACGCUCUACUCUAAGUGCUUUAGUCAAGGCAAGCACUUCUACAGUGCAAUGUUCUACUUCCUGUCUUAAAACACAUUAUGGGGCUUGGAUUAGGAUGAGAGGAGUAUUCACACGAUCUGCACAAAGUUUAUUUUAGGAUGACUGUUCAAAAUGAGACAAUGUGGACCAGAAUGGAAACUGCAAAACCAUCUUCAAGAAAGAAAUUUCAGAGGUGGGAUAGGGUAACCUACUCUACCCACAAUGCCACACAAUGACUUUUCGAGUGAGUUGGCACUCGACUUCUGAAGACUUAUAUAUAUAUAAAAAAAAAACUGUAUGUAUAUGUUGUUUCUAUAGGAAGGAAUUACAAACAGUGUAACUAUUUCAAAUGGAACCUAAAGGAAGAGAGCAGCGUUUAACGGAUAUUUAAAAAAAAAAAACAAAUGGUUUCCCGUGUGGUGGCUGUACUGACCAGAUGACUUUCAGAGUUCAAAGAUAUUGAAUUUGCAGUAUGCUGUGUAUGAUAGAUGCUUUAUAUUGAAUGUGUAUCAGAGUCCUAUAGAGAUGGAAAUAAUUUAAAAACAGAGUACAAUUUAUUUCAACUAUUUAUUUCUAUAAAAAGAGAUGUCUAUGAUGAUGGCAUGUUUGUGCUAAAGCAUUAUAUAUAUCAUGUUGCCUUUUCAACUGUUCUGCUGUAGAUGUUAUUAGAUUAUUAGAUCCGAGUGCUCUGGAUUACUGCUUGCUGCCUUUAAUUUUUAGACUGAGCAACCGUUGCACCAUUAUGAUGAUAAAAUUAACUGCUAAUGUUUAUAGUAUUAAGCCGUUAGUGUUCUAUUUUGUUUAAUGUCGAGCCUUUUUAAAGAAUCUGACAUAUGUAAUGCACUUUUUUUAAUCGGAGCACUUCCAGUGCUCUGUGAUGGUUGGUUUCGUAUAAUUCAUGUGCAAUUCCUCUUUUCCUUAGCUUUGCACCAGAAGACUAUCAGCUUUCCAUUCAUCAUGUGAUCAGUCCGUUCAAUAGUUUUAGUGACUUUUUAUGAAACCCUCUCAGUGGUCUUAUUUAAUGCAUAGCAUUAACCUGCCAUAUAACAAUAAAUAGCAACAUUAACAUAUAAAUAUAACUGCUUUGUCAUGUAAGAACAUUUGAUCAUGUUUUUAUGUAUAUGCUUUAAGCAAGUGGUGAACGUGAUGACAUGCUGGGUAAUAGUGUGUGGACUGAGCACUUUAAAUAUGAAAUUUUAUUUGACUAAAAGAGAUUCUGAACUAUGUGACCAACCCAAACUUGGAAUUGAAUUCAUCUGAAUGGAUUAUGAUAAACUGACAGAUUUUGAGAUCGAUUGAAACUUGGGAGAGAAGAAAAGGGAACAAUUACAGAAUGCCACAUUAGCAGAAGACCUGAAGCACUCCGAAAGAUAAAUAUACUUUUUUUUUGUAAGCAUAACCAUUGUUUUUGUACCACUAACCAGAUCUUCUUGAAAGAAACAAUCAGUUAUAGUGGUGUUUGCUAUUGUUAGGUGCCAGAUGUUGUGACAGUUCAUGUGUAGCUGUAAUUGUAACCAUCAAAUCAAUGACCUAUUAUUAAAAGUAUGUUGAAAAGA